AUGAAGAGAAUAUCUACAUCUUUCAAGUACAAGGCAUUGAGUCUGAUUGCACUGAAACUCUCAAAACACAUUCAAAUCAGUGAGCAGAGCAUCUUAACACCUGUGAAGAUAGAUGAUGAGGCAAAGACAAGCUAUUCAACCCCUGCUAAGAUGAUCAAUGAGACUAAGAUGAGUGAUGUAUAA